UUACCAAAAAUCGGUACAGACUCGCAAGCAAAAAAAGUAUUAGUUACGUGAACGUGUUGUGUACUUGAGUUUCUUUUGCUAAUCUGCUAAACAAGGCUAUCAUAUUCAACAUUUUAGACCGGCAUGUCUUUAACUGGGGUAAGUUUACCCCUGGGGGUAAAUUCCUCCCAUUUAAAGGGUAAAUGAGCACCAAACAAAAUCCACAGCAGUUGACAGGACAGAAAAAUUGUGAAACCAACUUAAUGUUAAAUCUGAUAUUCGUUGUGUAUUAUCUACUACUUUACCAGACAUUGAGCAACUCGUUGCCAAAAGGCAAGCGCAUCCGUCGCAUAAAAUAUAACUGAUGUAACUAGUUGUUUUUGCUUUUUAAGAAAUAAGCGCCGUAUUACAUAUUAGGGGUAAAUCUGAUAAGCAUGUUUUUUAAGGGGAAAAGCGUGCAAAAUGGUUUAAAAACCACUGUUGUAGACCAGUAAUAACCAUGGCUUGUAUUCUGGGAAUGUAACUUGACGCUCGUUUAAGCGUUCAAUUAAGGAAGUCAAGGCUAUACCAAUGCAGUUGCUGUUUUGCGGUCUUUGCGUUAGCGUUAUUGCACCAGCUGAAACAUUGUAUAGUUGCUCGGCUUCUUGCGGUUUAAAUCAUAUAACCUUCUAAAGAUUGAUGUUAGAUCAAUGCAAUUUAAUAGCUAAUUGUUUUGAGUUGGCUGCACAGAUUUAUAGUGACAAAAUAUAGACUUAAAGGGAUAUGCUGAAAUAUUUGGUUCGAAGCAGAAAUCAGGGUAGAAAAUACGACAGAGACGGACGACAGGGUAGAAAAUAUAUUUACACAGCAAUCAGAAUGUUUUCUAAUUAUUUAACAAUUUUCAUCAAUUUUGCAGAACAAAUCGAUAUAUUAAAAUGCAAAUAUAGGUUGAGGCAAAUUUUGAACAAGAACCACCAUGACAGAUUUAAUCGCGGCGAUGCAGUAUUCGACGCAAGUGGAAUACCAAGUCGCUUUUUGCGACCCGUUCCCCUACCCUGACCCUGUUCCUGGCAAUAAGAGCUACGUGACUCUGUGGGAAUCAAUGCCAGUUCACUGUCGACAGAGAAUGGAAGGUUUUAUUGGCAUGAUGUCGGUUUUAGCCGUUUUUACCACUGUGUUUAAUUUGGUCGUGCUGGCCGCGAACCUUACACCAAGAACUAGAAGACUGCGCAGCAGAAACCCGACCAUGCAAAACUAUUCAACUUACGUUAUAUCCAUGGCGAUGGCCGACGUUAUAGUAGGGGCUAUUGUUUUACCGUUGGUGGUGGCAAACUUUUAUAAAGAGGCGACAGCCAAGCGCCCUGUGAUUCUACUAGACAGCCUGUCCAACCGCACGAAUGCUUCCUACCACACAACGAUCACCAUUGUGGAAACUUUAGACCAAAACGGGUCCGCCACAGAACGUGAAUUGCAGUGGUUAACAGACACAGAAACGCCUGAGUCGAAACCGUGGAUCGUGGGCGAACCAGAAGGAUUGAACAGGAUAAGAAACUGUUUGGGAGUACUCGCCCACGUAGUCAUAUUCGUUUCCGUAUACACUCUUGCUGCAGCGAGUGCGGAUAGGUUCUACACAUCUACAAAACCGAUCAGCAGCCGCCCAAUUACUCUAUCAAGUUCAUCAUUUCGCCGAACGAACAAGAACGCUUCUCCCGAGCUGGCAUGGUCCGUUUUCAACGUCAGUCGUUCCACGUUUGCUGUUAUCAUUAUAUGGAUAGCGGGUCUUCUGUUUGGGCUUGCACCCCUUGGUGUAUCACGUGAUUUCCACUUCCGGCCAGUGGGUCAUAUAUUUGUCGCAUUGUCGUCGGACGGAAGUUACGUAGCAAGUUUGACUUGGUACGGGCUCGCCCUGGCUCUGCCCCUCGUGGUCACGUGGCUGUUCAGUUUUCUCAUUUGCGUGACUCUGUGGCGCCGCAAGCGGAGACUGAAGCACUCGAAGGCCACACGAAACUAUUCCACCAAAAGUUUAAACCGUCGAUCGUCUGAUAGAGAACAAGAUAUUUCGGUGAGACAACAGACAAGCAGAAUAAGUGUGAGCGCGAGUCAUGCUACAUGCAGUGCAGCGGAGAGGGUGUUGAGUAAUGAAACGGAAGGGGGUUUGGUUGUAACAGAUGAUCAGCCGUUCUCCGAUGUUUUUGAAGAAGCAAAGGAGCCAAAAGUUCCGGAUGUUGUUUCCACUCCUCCGUAUCGCGGAGGACUGCAGAGAAGAAGAAGAUCGAGUAUCGAUCUAGGUGUUUCUUUGAGGAGACAAAACUCCGACGGAGCGGCAAGACCGACAAGAACAUUUCAUCGAAGGGUCGGAUCGCUGGAGGACCCUGUUAGGACUCCGGAUGCUGAUCCUGUUAAGACACAAGCGGGAUUCGUAGCGAUGAGGAUCCUUUAUCGAAAGAGCUGGAACGGGUGUCCGGAUGAGCCGCAGUCUCUUCCGCAGAGUCCGGACAGAGGACGGAGGAUUCUUCCGGCAACUCCAGCACUUCCUCGGUCGAUCGGAAGUUUUUCUUCGAUCCCAACGUGUCAGAUAAACAGCCCAAAGACUCCGACCAGAGAGCGGCGAUGCGAAGCCAGUCGACCACGCGCCGGUUCCUCGCGUGUGCGCAGAAAAUCGUCAGUGUACCGAGCCCGAGAACUUCUUAUGUCAAAAUCGUUUGAAACAAACAUCGCAAAAACACUUUGCGCAGUUGUUCUUGCAUGCACAGUCGCCGUAUUACCGCUGUUGAUUACUGUAACCACCUUAACGAAAGACGACGACGCCCCAAAAGAGAUCUUAAACGCAGAGGUGACCACCAUCGUUGUUUCAAUGACAAUACUCUUCUCAAACUGCCUGUGGAACUCGCUCAUCUACGGCUCUCGGAUGCCCUACUUCCGGAGGACUGUGAUCCGGAUCAUCCGGCAGACCACUGGUCGCGCAAAGAGGAGCAAAGGCGGUCGCAUCAUUUCUUCCUUGCUUGGUAGCGUCCGCCGCAGUGUGGGAGCUGCUUCACUAAGAAGUAAUGUAUCCGGCCCGGCUGACAACCGUGCAGACAGCGCUGAAGAGACACCCCCAAACACGUAGCAGUAGCCUAUACAUCCCAAUAGUUUUACUGUUAGAGCCUAAUACACAAAUCGUUACAUGUGCACUUAUAGAUAAAAUCCAUCACUAUUCCUCUGUUUUUAUUCCUUUUCUACUUUCUCAUGUUUCGCAUAAGUGCAAUCCACGAACCAGUUAUUUCAAUUUGUUCAUUUGUUCCUCCUGCAUAAUACGUUUUGCCGUUUACUACGUACAUAUUUUGUACCACUGCCCUUACAGCCAAGUCAGAAGUCGAGUACAACCAAUACAAAAGAGCCAUUUUAUAAGUUUGUUUUCACUAACGUUUUGCUUCAAACAACCAAAUUUUAAUGCAUUCUUUUUCUAUUAUAAUUGUCGUAUAGUUGCAUUGUGAACGACAUGCGUUAUCUGUAGUAUGGUUUUCUGUCCUAAGUCGUACUCUAUUUUAUUGCGUUCAUACGUAAUGUGCGUCAUAAGUCCCUUGUUACACUAAAACUACGGGUUAAUGCUUUAAAUUGCAUUCUCGCACUGAACUACACGUACAAGUUCCACUACUUACAUUCUACUUAAAUCUUAUUUGUUUACUUUUCGUUGUAGCACUGAUCCGAAACAAAAUAAAACGUUUCUUCUGCAGGGAAACUGUUCACGCA